ACCUCGGAAAAGGGAAGCGGAAGCAGAACUCAAACGUUAAACAGCAGUGAACUUAGCAGUUCAUAGUGAAGUACAUAAUAUCUGAGAUAAACCUAUCAGCAACCAGACGUGUGCGUAAGAAGGAAAUAGUGCAAUAUUUUCAAGUCAUUAAUUGCGUCGAAAAGUGUCAGGUGACCUAAAGCUCGUAGUAACUAGUUAGCUGAAUUUGACAACAAGACGCUGCGACGCCACUGAAACUGAUGAUAAAGUAUUUAACGAACAGUUUGUGAUGAUCACUAAAAGUAUCUUCCAGUGUGUACCAAAUCAAUCCGUAGGUUUUCAUCUCAGACCCCUCUGUUUCCUGAGAUCUUUGUGAAAUGACCUGACUUCACUGUUUCCAGCAUCAGAUGGUAAUGGCCAGAAUAGCCUGGUAUCAAGAGAAGAUCGGGGCCUACGAUCAACAAGUUUGGGAGAAAUCUCUGGAGCAAGCGGAUCUAAAUGGUUUGGACAGUAAACCAAAGAAGAUGGGUCACAUCAAAUCAGACCUCAUCGAUGUUGACUUAGUAAGAGGAUCAACAUUCAGCAAAGCCAAACCACAAAGUCCCUGGACAGCUCUAACUCGGAAAGGUCUGGUCAGAGUGCUGCUGUUCCCCUUCUUCUUCCAGUGGUGGAUCCAGGUGACCUCCAAGUCCAUCUCCUCAUGUAUCCUCGUGCUGUACUUCAUGCAAGUGGCAGCAGUGGUGCUGUACUUGGAGGUCCCUGGGGCGAGUGCCAGCGAGGUGUUUGGACCCAUGUGUCUGAUGCUGCUGCUGGGUACCGUGCACUGCCAGAUUGUGUCGACCGAGUCCAGCAGGUGGCCCUCGGGCAGUCCAGCUGCCAGCUGCACCACCAGCCCUGCGCGCAGAAGGAGGCCAAGGAAGGGCAGAGGGCUGAAAAAAACAGAAGGAAAGAAUGACAGCGGGGACACAGAACAGCAGGGACCCUGGCAGUUUGAAGAAAGCCAGCGAUUAUACAGCAACGAAGAAAGGAGGAACAAAAGACAGUCAGGAUUUGGGGCAUCCGACGAGCUCUCCAGUGAGGAAGAGGAGGGGGUACAACCAGUGGAAGUAAUUCAUCCAGUACUUCAUGAUAAGAGACACCCUGCUAUGACUUUGCCGACAUCUACGGCAAUGUCUUCUUUAAGGAAGAGAAGUCUAAAGUCUAACCCCAAACCCACAUUAAGACCUCAGGAAGAGAGUGGGGCUUCCAUCAAGGUGAAGCCUCAAGAGGUGGAGCGCCUCAGGCCAAGUGUAGGCUCUCGUCCUGCCUCUGACACUGAUGACACAAUGUGGGAGGAGCUUCUCCAAGGGCCUGACUCCGCCUCCAGCGGGAGCAGCGACAGUGAGGGGAAUGGGAGGUACAACGCCGGCAUGGCGCUUCCGCAAACCACCAUUCUGAGCAGUGAUGAUGAGAGCCUACAGCAGGGAAUCCCUGGAAGCCAGCUGUCUUGGCUGCAGGCAUGUCACCCAUCCAAGGAUCGUGUCAGUGCCAUAAUAUGGGAGCAGGGCGAUUGUAAGAAAGCAGACAUGUCAGUAUUGGAGAUCAGUGGGAUCAUCCUAACACGGGUGAAGUUAGUAGAGCAGGGUAUGGGUUACCUUGUCCUUGGUGGGCUGAUGACUGCCACCCUGGCCCUGCUUCCCUUCGCCUUCCGCUUGGCUCAGCAUCUGGACAUGUCAAGCCUCGGCUCCCUGUCCCUGAUGGAGGUGGUAGAAAUGGCGGUGGGGCCGCCUGAUGCCCAGGCCUACACCUUCUUCUUGAUCACAACGUUGCAAAGAGUCUGCCUCAUAGGACUGGUCUUCUUCAUGAUGUGUGUGGCUGAGAGAACGUAUAAACAGAGACUCUUAUUUGCCAAGUACUUCAGCCACCUCACCUCAGCUCGCAAGGCCAAGAAAUCUGAGAUCCCUCAUUUCAGACUGAAGAAAGUCCAGAACAUAAAGAUGUGGUUGUCGCUACGCUCUUUUCUCAGGAGACGAGGGCCGCAGCGCUCCGUCGACGUCAUUGUCUCCACUAUCUUCCUCUUAGCGCUGUCCAUUUCAUUCAUCAUUUGUGCCCAGCUUCUACACAACCACAAGGCUUUCAUGGAUUCUCUGACAAACUGGGAGAUGAUGGUGUGGGCCUCCUCCCUCAUCCUCUUCCUGUUACGGCUGGCCACACUGGGCUCAGAGACCAACUGCAAAUACAGCAAUUCCUCAGCGCUGCUCACUGAGCAGAUCAAUUUGUAUCUCAAGAUGGAGAAAAAGCCCAAUAAAAAAGAAGAACUCAAUAUAGUAAACAACGUUUUAAAACUAGCUACAAAACUGAUCAAGGAGCUGGAUAUUCCAUUCAGACUGCUGGGUCUGACCGUGAACCCUCUGAUCUACAACAUCACCAGGGUGGUCAUCCUGUCUGCUGUGUCUGCUGUGGUCAGCGACCUGUUCGGCUUCAACAUCAGACUGUGGAAAAUCAAGCCUUAGUCUGAAAACAGAAAACCACUAACAGCCAGAUCCUGGAGACCAGAAACCUCCCUUGUCAGCUGCAGAGAGUCUCUCAUCUACAGAAAAAAGUGCAAACCUACUUGACAGUUCAGUGAUUGUCUGUGCCUUCCAACUGAAACUUCUGUCUCUUGAGUUUCAUCAUUCACAAGCCUAAGAUGCCCUGACCAUCGCUCGCACACCAUUACAGGCGGCUCAUUUUGUGUGGAAACACACUGUUCCUGUCACCCACGCUACUAACCCGGUGCCUAACCUUCAGGUCUGAGAUUAUUUCAGGCUUCUGUGGCAUCCAGAUUUCCAAAUGUGUGUUGUACAGAUGUGUUAAAUGCAGAUAAUAAUGCAGGUAGUUUUAGUCUUAUUCACUGAUGUUUCUCAUCAGUAUACUAGUGAAACUAACUGUAAAACAAGAUAAGUGCUAUCUAAAGCCAGUAAAUCAAAAUGGGCUGUAUUAAAUUAAUUGUCAUAGGACUCAACUUUCAUUUCAACCUUUUGUACUAUUUAAGGAGGAACAUUGUGAUUAUAAGUCGGCUUUAUUUAUUCUGUUUUAGUGCUUAAACUUGUAACGGUACCUGCCAGUCUUUGACCACUAUGUCUUUUUUGUAUUGAGGACCAUUGUUGAAUAAAAUUACUAUGCAAAGUGGG